AUGGCGGCUGCCCCAUGGAAAGACUGCUUGGAUGACCCCCCUCCCCCGAGCUCCCUGCCUGUAGCCUGUGUGGACACCACCCCGCUGGCAGUCAUGGAGACGGUUCUGUCCGACCUGAAGUGUCCGAUCUGCCUGGACCUGCUGACCGUUCCCGUGCUCAUGCUGCCGUGCCAACACAACUUCUGCCAGGCGUGCCUCCAGGACAUGUUCCAGGGACCCUACAGGUCCCGGCGGAUCCGCUGCCCCGUGUGCCGAGAGGAGUUCUGGCUGUCCCGCGGCGUGGACGGGGUGGCGCGAAACCGCCUGGCUGAGAAGGUCCUGCAGACAUGGCAGGAGGAACAGGCCAAACCCAAGCCGAAGACCACCAUGUGUGCGGACCAUCCUGACGAGAGAGUGAACCUGUUCUGUCAGACAGACGACAGGACCAUCUGUGCUCGGUGCGUCAUCACCCAACAUCGCCACCACGACGUCACGGAACUGGGCCGCGUGUUCCAAUGGAAGAAGGCGCGCCUUGAGGCAAGUUUGGAGCGGCUGGACCAGACGAACGGUGAACUGGAGAGUUUCAUAGAGCUGCUGAACUCCGUCAUCAUGGAGGUCAAGGACAAAGCUGAGGAAGAAAAGAUCAAGGUGACGAGCGCGUACGACGAGCUGAUCUCCCUGCUGGAGGAGCGGAAGCUGGGCCUGGUGGCGCGGGUGGAGGAGGAGGCCGGCGGGAAGCUGCAGGAGCUCGGUGAGCAGGCCGACACGUGCCGGGACGUGCUGGUGAACAGCCGGGUGGUCAGCGGUCAGGCGCGGCUGGCGCUGGAGGAAACCGACCCGGGGGCUUUCGUGGUGCUUGCAGGAGAGACAAAACAACGGAUAGACCAGGCGGUGUCUGUGGUGAGAGGCAUGGCGCGUCUCCCUGCCGCCGACUCCCACUUCCUGCACGCAGGGAUAGACUUACACAGGGAGAAGGAGAUGGUCAUCAGGCUGAGUCAGGACGAAGGUACCCGGUUCACCCUGGACCCGCAGACGGCGCACAGAGAGCUGGUGCUGCGCCAUGGCAACACAGUGGUCGCUAUGGACGCCGAGAGAAGAACCUGCCGCCAUGCUUCACUCGACUCGUCUUGUUCCAACAGCGCCGACAGCUGUGAAAACUCGGAACGCUUUACCAGAUUUUCCUAUAGUGUGCUGGGCGGCGUGUUCCUCAGCACCGGGACACACUACUGGGAAGUGGACGUGUCUGCAGCAACCACCUACCGACUGGGCGUCGCAUCCAGCCGGGUUGCUCGGGACAAGUCGCUCGGGUGCACCGCCGACGCCUGGUGCAUCAGCCGGGAAGGCGGAGACUAUUUCGCCCAUCACGACGUGCAGAUAUACAUGUUGUCUGUUCAGGAGUACCCAAGGAUGAUCGGCGUAUUGUUGGACUGCGAGCAUGGGACUCUGACGUUCUUCGACACCAUGCGAGACUAUGUGGUACUGCACAGAUUUUUCGACGUAAAGGGAGAGGACCCUAUCUGCCCGGCUUUCUCAGUCGGAGAGGGCCACCUGGUCCUUUACACGGGCAGGACAGCGCCAGAGUUCCACAGUUCGUCUGACCACUCCGGGAAGGUGAUCUACAACUUCAUCAACCUGAUGGGGAGGAUGGUUGGAUACCAGUAAAUCUACUACAUCGUUUUCAACCUUCUCCCGACUUCCUGGUAACCAAUACAAACUUCUACAAUCGGCUACCUAUGCGGGAAGACAUUGUUUUGAUAUUAGGCCACUAUUCUAAUCACCUGAAAGUUGUAGGCGUCGUGACUUAAAGACUUGAAGAUAACUGAAGUGUUUUGACAUUUUUUUAUCUAAAGUAUGUACUACCUGUGUCAUCAUUAAGUCCAGAUUCUACGUAUAGCCUUAUAUUACUCAAUGUAAAAAGCAGGCAUAGGUUAUCCGGGAAAUAAUGCUUAAUUAUCUGAUGUGCAAAUGCUGAUAGAUACAUCAGACAAGAAUUAGAAAUACAAAGUGUACAUCUAAUGUUUGUAGAGUAAACCAGUGAACCAGAUACACAGUGCCUAGAA